AUGACAAUAAUUGUUUGUGAUCGAGAAAAGACCAUGUAUGAAUUACUGGGUAUACCUAAGUGCUUGAGAUUGAAUGGUACUAAUUUGUACCAAGGGGGGAAAUUUGUGGAAUUAACACUUCUUGGGAGAGGUUUGUCAGAGCAUUUGACAAAUGAUUCUAUUGAGAUGAAUGAUUUAAAUUAUAAAAAUAUAGAAAUUCGAGGAAGUUUUUAUUCACUUAUGGUUCCUUAGAACCAUGACAACUGAAAUGUAUGACAACUUUCUUUAUACGAUUAUUGUGAAAGAACUGUGAAAUAAAGUCCACAAAAAUUGCUCCAAGCAACAAAAUGAUUAUAAGAUUUAUGAGUUGAACGUCAAAGUAAGUAGUGAAGAUAGUACAAGGAGAGAAGAUAGUUAAGGAGUUAUCAUAUGAAUUGAAGGCUAUAUGAUAUGAGAUUGACCAUUUUUGGGAUGUGAAGAAUCCCUACUUUAAAGGAAGAAUGUACAUAUUGAAGUAGAUGAUGUUUACAUUUUUAACAAUUUUAACUCUAGAAUAUGAGAGUCUUUGAAGACAAAUUCUACACAAGGAGAGGGCAUUAGAUUUGGAUGAAGCUAUUGGCAUUGUUAUGGAUGAGGAGAGUCGACUACACCUACUCUUAGAUCCAUCAAGGCCUAGUCCAAUUGCAUUCUCCACCAAUAAAUCUGACCAAAAGUCAAGCCAAGAAGUUCAGUCAUAUCAGAAGAAUUCAAUUGAUCAAAGACAAGAUCUCAAAUAAUUCUUAAAAAUAAUCUUUAGCAAAAGGCACAUUAGAGAUACCCUAACAAAAUAAAAAAAUAUAUGUUACUUCUUUUCAGAGUCAUGAAGGUGUAGAACAAGGACAAUUGAAGGAGCAAAUAAGAGAGGUUGCUCAUGAAUAUGGGGAAGAUCUUAUGAAAAUAAUAGAAGAACUAAAGCAACACAAAAACAUGUUGAGUUCUACCUCAUUGGCAUAUCAAGUGAAAAAAAAUAUUUUUUAGUAAUAUUAUUAUCUCAAAUUCUAGUAGAAUACACUAGAUUAUUAAUACUAGUGCCACAUAUUAGAUGA